AUACAUUUUACAGAUCUGAGCACAGAAAAUAUAAAUCCGUCAAGUCUGUAGCCAAAACAUUGGACAACAAUAUGGAAUCGGAAAUGCCAAAAAUAUGCCGAGUGUGUCUGGUGCCUUCCGAAGACGGCUACAAUAUUUUUGAAUGCACAACAGAAUCCGGUAAUUCAAUUAAGGAAAUCAUUUCUCUAUGCACAGGAUACGAGGUAUCCGAGGGCGACACCUUUCCGGAAACCAUUUGUCCAACUUGUCUGCAGGAUGCAAAGAAUGCAUUCGAGAUCAAAGGAGUGUACGAGAAGAGCCAAGUGUUCUACUGCCAACUACAUAGGGAGUACCUGGAGAAAUCGAAUGCGAAAUUGAAUCUAAAUCACAAUGGAAAGGAAAAUAACUUUCAAAGAAUGAGGAAAAGUAUAGAAGCAGACAGUGAAACAGCACAGUCCAAAGAUGAUCUUUUGGAAACUGAUAACAACGAGGAAAAUGAUUACAUGCCCAAAACCCAUAACGAUCGGCUAGAUAAUACCAUCGAAAAUAAUACUAAAAGACUACGAGUGAUUAAACCCUACACGUGUACCAAUUGUUCGAAGAUUUGUAAAGAAAAGACACACUGCACGGAACAUUUGCGAGUGCACACUGGGGAACGACCAUUCAAGUGCUCCCACUGCCCCAGUACUUUUGCUAAAACACGCUGCCUUACACAACACACUCAUAUACACACUGGAGAACGGCCCUACAAGUGUUCCCAGUGCACCAAGUCCUUCAAAACGUUUGCCGUCCUUCAAAGUCACCUGAAGGUGCAUACGGGCGAACGAACCUACCUGUGUGACCACUGCCCUAAGGCCUUUGGACAAUCUUCAACUCUUAGAAAUCACCUGCAAACGCACCAGGAAGAACGGCCGUUCGCAUGCACCCAGUGUCCCUUGGCUUUUAAGAGAUCUAAAUAUCUAAAGGUGCAUAUAAAAAGGCACACUGAAACACGACCUUACAAGUGUUCCCACUGCUCAACGACUUUUAAAGAAAAAAGAAAUCUCGAUUCUCACUUGCGAAUACACAAAGGGGAGAAACCAUUCAAGUGUGCCCAAUGUCAGAAGGCAUUUUUUAGGAAUGACGAAUUACAAAGACACAUGCUGAUUCACACGGGAGAACGUCCCCAUAAGUGCUCCCACUGCCCAAUGGCCUACAGAGACAAAACCACUCUUCGGGAUCACCUGCGCACGAAGCACACAGGGGAGCGGCCCAUCAAGUGUACCCUGUGCUCAGAGCGAUUUCCAACGCAUAGAGCUCUAGCGAAACACUUGCGAAAGCGACCGUUCACGUGUUCAAUGUGCACAGCGACUUUUGCCACCCAUUCCAGUCUCAGGGACCACUUGCUAUCGCACGUUGAAAAGCCCAAUUUCAUCUGUGCUAAAAGAGCCACACAGCGACAACUCUAGUGACCCCAGGGUUCGAGGGCAUUCGAAUUGAAUAAAUAUCUGAGGACACACUACCAAACACACACGCAUUGCUUGUCGUGCAGGUCAUGCGGCCCACCUGUGAGUCCACACUGGAGAACAAGGAAAGGAUGGUGGAAAUUGAGUGACAACAUUAAAAAAAAUGUAUUCUUAUUUCUAAAAAUCGUUUAGAAAUGCUAUAGCCAGGCUUCCGGGUGCUUCAUGUUUAAUUCUGAAAACUAUGCAUGUACCGUAUCUUUAGAGUAUGCAACUUAGACUUAAAUACAAGAGUAAUUUUUUUCAAAACGAAAAAGAUUUGCACUAAUGAAAUGCGUGUAAACGUU